CAUAAAUUAAGAGGGAAGUGCAGGAGCAGAGCAUUGUGUCCCUCCUGGAGAGGGUCAUGUUGGAAGUGCACAUGGUUUUGCCCAACUACUAACAAAUUUGCUGCUGCAAUCAACUCAGAAUUACCCCAAGGUGUCUUAGACUCUGACCUCAUCCCUGAGAACAUUGGAUACCUCUGACUUCAAAUGAGAGAUUGAAUAUGUACCACUGAACAUCUGGCUAUCUCCAUUUCUGGUGAUUUGUAGAGAUACUUCUGCAGCCAUCAGACACAAGAGGCUGAAGUGCUUUGUGUGUAAAAUAAUGAUAAGAGAAUGGUGAUAGUAAUUAUUGAUCAGAUUUGUACAAGUUUUCCAUUGUUCUGCUGGAGAUAAGUCUACGGUAUAAAUGUCUACAUCAGUGGACACUGAGCUAGAAGUGCUACAUCUCAGAAGCCACAUUUAACUCAUAAUGGAAAGCAUGUUCCCAAUUCAGGACAACUUAGGAUCCAUGGUGCUUCUAACCAAUAGUACCACUGUCACACCCAUGUGCUGCAGAAAAUCAUUACAGCCCUGUGAAGAUCGAGAUUUCAGCAGAUGUCCAGCAAGCUGAUAACAUUGGCCAGUCCAAAGCCAAGAAGAAUAUGGGCUAGCAGAAACAUCAGGUUUGCGAUGCCAUCAAUUGGUACAAUUUGGUAUCUUCCCAUGUGUUGGCUAUUUCACAUUUAUCUGGAAGUCAUCUGUAUAGGAGAGUUCAACCUCACUAGGAACAGCCAUUUAAUAUCAGUUGUCCAGAGCUUGCUAGCCACCUCUGUAGUACUGAUGAUCCUCUUCACUGCCUCUGCCGUGCUGGAAGUGGGACAUUCUUCAGUGACUGAUAACGCAGUGUGUACCUAUAAGAAAAGGGCCUCAAUGAACCACAUUUUACAAGCCUUCAGAAGUCAGAAGUAUCCCUUGCAAGCUCUGGCCUCCUUCAUUCUGAUCAACAGCUACCUGCUGCUACAACUCAGCCAACUAGCUUUGGACUACCUAAACCGAAAAUCAGGCAAUGGUACUAUGCAUGCAGAAUGGAACAGAGUGGAUGCAAACAGCUCAGAAACUGACAUAGAAGCAUCACUUUGGCCUGUACCAGCAGAGAAGCUACUGACUUACCUGGCACUUUGUGUACAUUUUGCUGUUCCUUUGAUCAUCUACUCAGUACAAGAAUCAGAAUCAGUAUGGCAGAAGGAGUACCUCUGGGGAUUUUUCUAUUCUGUCAUUUUGUUGCUGUCAAUACUAAAAUAUCUGUCUUCUUCACUUACCUUUUAUGUGAUUAGUUUAGGAGUGCAUCAGUCACCACAUAGCCGUCUCUUUCUAGGUGGUUCAGCAUGGCUUCCAGCACUGUAUGUAAUAUCAGUGCUUUCUCUAUUUCUCUAUUCAUUUUCCCUGAAGAUCUAUUUAGAACUGAGUUUUAAAACUUCAGUAUCUGACUUGCCUGCUGCUAAUUUAACCUUAAGAAGGAAGAUCAAUCUUUACCCCUCUCCACUCUGGGUGAUUUUAACAACAUUCGUAGUAGUGGGCAGUGAAAUGCCCUUUAUAUUGCACUUGAUUUCUUUCCUCUUACUUGACAGAAAUGAUAUCUUCAUUGUGUGCCUAUUGGCUUUCAGCAAUGGCUUCUGCAUAUUAUGCUUUUGUGGAUGUCUGCUAGUAGGGCUCCGGAGAAGGUGUCGCACAAAUAAAUCCAGGAUAAAGAAGAACCGGAUAGAUAGUGGGGUGUGUAUAGCUAACUCAUUUGUGUACCAGGCCAGCCCUGAGACAGGCAAAGCAAUGUCAAGGGACUGAGAAAACCUAGAGUCUGAGAAAGCUUAGGGACUGAGACAACCUAAGGACUAAGUAAACUGAGUAAAACACUACAAGAACUGUAGUGACAGCAGAAUAAUGAAUCAGUAAUAUUUUUGGUGCUCAUAUAAUAUUAUUGUUAUCUCAUAACAGCAUAUUGUAGCGCUUAUAAAGCUAAAUACUAGGCUCUUAUAAUAUCCGAUUAUCCAUAAAAUAAUCCAUAAGUGCUCUCUUCUGAACAGUUUAGCAAGAAUAAAAUAUAGAGGAUAUUUACUAAUGGUAAAAGUAUUUAACAACUGUGAGGAAAUGUUCAGGUGCUUGAAGUGUGGUCCUUUUGGACCAACAAGAUAUGAUCCAUCAGCUAAUCAGGAACACAACCAUAUGAGGUGCUCCAGGUGCAGUAAUGGAAUUAUUCUAGGCCUGUACACAAUGUAUGAGUGAUCUUUCAAAUUAAUAUACUCACAAUAUGGCAUACUAUAAUGUGAUCCCUAGGGGGAUAUUUACUAAAGUCCGGGUUUAUAGAAGUGGGGAUGUUGACCAUAGCAGCCAAUCAGCUUUUAGUUAUCAGUUAUCAAGUAAAUAUACCCCCUAGAGCAUGCAUGUCCAAACUGCGGCCCUCCAGCUGUUGUGAAACUACAUAUCCCAGUUUUGCUGUCAGAGAAUGCUAAAGCUGUGUCAGGGCAUGCUGGGAUGUGUAGUUUUUCAACAGCUGGAGGGCCGCAGUUUGGACAUGCCUGCCUUAGAGUCUAUUAAAUCCUGUCUCCUGUCUUCCCCAAAUCUUCCUUUGCCCCCAUUCCUUUUUUAUUCUAUUCCUGUUUAUAUAAAAAUAAUGAUAUACUGUUGUUAUGCAAAUAUUAUUACCAGAUUGCCUUUCUGUGUUUGGAUGCAUGUUCCCCUAUAAUUACUCUCUCAAGUACUAAAUGUGAAGUGCUUACACAAACAUCUAUAUUUUUAUUCUAUGUAAGCACAGACUGUACAGUAUCUUCUUGCCCCACAUAUACUUUGCCAGUAAGCCAUAAAACUCUAAAUAGGAGUGACAUUAGAAUGCUGGGAUGAGAUAAAGAGAUUAUGGGGAAGAGAAGGGAAGCAACAGCACCUGUAAAUGUUAAAUUCUGCAAGUAUACAUACUAGAGGCAUCGUAAGAAUGUUUUCAUGUUUUCAAAUACUGUACUUGUUUUUUAAGAUUAACAUCACAGAAAGAGGGAAAAUAAAAAAUAGAUUAAAGACAAUUUAAUUUUAUGCAUUUUACAAUAAUACAAACAUAUGUUGUUGCCUUUUUAAUGACAACACAUAUGUAUUAUGGAGAGAAACAAACAGUAAAAAGUAUUGUUAGCACAUUGCUUUAAGAACAAGAAAUAACAAUUCUCACCCCUGCAGUAUAACAUGUGAGUGAACUAACUACUUUACCAUUUAUACUUCCAGGAAGUGGAUAUUACAGUAUAUUGCUUUGAUCCUAGUAGUAGUGUUAUUCUGUUUGACUUUCUGUACAGUAUAUCACACUUACAAUGUGAAUUUUGUUACGUCUACAUUUUUUACAUGAGACAUGGUGAUAUAAAUCAGUGUUUGCAUUACUAUUUUAGUAAAUAAUAGUUUUGUCUGAGACACUUUAAUUAUGUAGCAGAAGGAAAUAUUUCAUGCAUCUAAAUGAAGGGUGUAUUCAGUGGGUGAUCAUGCUAAAGUAUUCAGGAACCCUGGCAGUCAAUAAAUGAAAUGAAUCAA